AUGUAUAGGCCAUCAUCAAAUAUUACCAUUGAUGAUCUAGUUAUUGAAGACGCAGCAUUAUAUGAAUCAAUUCGUAAAUCAUUUACACGUGGUAGCUUCGAUCAUUAUGUUAAUGGUGUAUGUAGUUUGUUCAUUUGUCUUCUUGGUACCAUCAGUAAUGCGCUUAGUUUUUCAAUUCUUAUUCGGCGAACAAUGCCUCUAUCAACUUAUGUUUAUCUAGCUGGUCUUUGCUUGAGUGAUUUUAUUGCUUGUCUCUGUCUUAUACCUGGCUGUAUAUUAGAUGCAUAUCCUGUUGAAGUACCCGAUUUUGAAUUGCCUCGAACAUAUGCUUAUACGAAAUUUCUUAUUAUUACUGGUGCGAUUAGUACAACAGCUCGCGCUUUGAGUGUCUGGCUUUGUGUAGCAUUUACAAUUGAUCGAUGGAUAAUGAUUUGUCGUCCAUUUGUUGGUCCAUCAUAUUGUACAAUAAAAAGUGCACGACGUGUUACUUUUAUAAUUUAUAUUGUUGGCAUUUUCUAUGCUGUUCCACUGCUGUUUGAAUAUGAAGUAAAUGAAGAUAGAUCUUUAUCAGAUAUACUUCCUCCUUAUCGUACUAAAAGAAUGUAUCGCUAUAAACUUAGCGAAUUAGGAAGUAAUUCAGUAUUCCGAUGGGCAUAUGUUUUAAUUAAUGCACUUGGUGUUUAUAUUAUUCCAUUAAUAACUAUUGCAAUACUUAAUAGAAAAUUGCUCAAUUCAAUUCGUUUACUUGAAAGACGCUCAGCUGAAUAUAAUGCUCCAUUACCUACUAAGCAAGGUGUAACAAUAAUGUUGUUAGCAACAACAUUGAUGCUGCUUGUAUUUCGUUCACCAUCAGCUACAGUAUCUGUCAUGUGGUUAAUAAGUGCAAAAAUGUUCAUUAAUGAAAAACCUCCAUUCCGUUUACGAAAAUUUCAUUCCAUUGCUAAUCUAUGUGCAACAUUUAACGCAGCCACGACAUUUAUUAUGUUUAUUAUCUAUGGUACAAAAUUUCGUUCGGAAUUCACACGUAUUUAUUGUUCGAUUUUAAAAAAAGUUAAAAAAUCAAAGAGAAAAAAUACAAGAAAAUACGAACAAAAACAAAUGAAAAAAUUAAUAUCAAAUAAUUGUAAAAAUGAAAAUGGAACAAAUACAACUGACACGAAGAAUAGACGAAGUUUUGCGAUAGAAACAAGUCCUUCAGCUCAUAAUGUUCAUAAAGAAUCAUUACAAUAUAGCAGUGGUGCUCGAACAUCAACAACGACAACAACAUCGAUUGUAUCUCUUCUACCGAUGAGACAUUUAAAAACUCAACCAAUAAAACAACAAUACUCAUUUGAACACGAAUAUGAUUUAAUGAUGAAUGGUAAUCAAAGUAGUCCUCUACAGCAUGAAAUACCACUUUGA